AUGUCUAGUGUUAGAUUUUUUUUAUGUAUUUUUCUAGUUCUUUUCACAUUUAUUGAUAUAGUUAAACCAUUUAAAGGAAAUUAUGGAGAUGCUAAUUAUUCCUUUUUUCAAGAAACACCUGUUAACAAUACAGGAGAAACUCAGAAAAAUGAACCAACAGAUGUACAAUCCAAUAUAACACAAAAUGAAGAAAUUAAUAAUACGAAACCAUUACAAGAAAAUAUAACUAAUAAUCAACAAAAUAAUAAUGAACAACUAAAUAAUAAUGAACAACAAAAUAAUAAUGAACAACAAAAUAAUAAUGAACAACAAAAUAAUAAUAUAGCACAAAAUAUUAGUGAACAAAAAAAUAAUAAUAUAGCACAAAAUAUUAGUGAACAACAAAAUAAUAACGAUACAACCGUAUCUCAUAUUUCAAACGACACAAGUAGUAAUACUAUAGAUAAUUCAAAUAUAAACCAAUUAGAUAAAUCAAAUGAUACAAAUAAUAUAAUAAAACACGAAGAAAAUAAUCAAACAAAGGAAAAUAACCCAGAAACUAUUCAACAUACAGAACCACUAACUAAUCAAAAUACAAAUGAAGUUAAAAUAAAUGAUCAUAAUGAACAUGAAAAAAAUACUGCAGAAAAUAAAAUAGAGGGACAACAUAAUAACAUAAAUCAUCAUUCAGAUGAUAUGAAUAAAAACCAAAAUAUUAAUAAUAAUAUGAUAAAUGAAAAUGCAGAUAAAAAUGUCCCACAAUUAGAUCAAACUGCAAAGUCUAAUGAACAACAUAUAAAUGAACACACAACUAACCAUCCUAUUGAAUCACACAUGGAUGAACAUAAUCGUGACCAAAUAAAUGAAGCUAUCCAUAAUGAAAAUGCAACCACUACAAAAAAUGAACCUACCCAUAGUGAAAAUUUAACCACUACAAAAAAUGAACCUACCCAUAGUGAAAAUGCUACCACUCCAACAAAUGAAACUACCCAUAAUGAAAAUGCUACAACUCCAACAAAUGAAGCUAUCCAUAAUGAACAUGCUACCACCUCAACAAAUGAAACUACCCAUAGUGAAAAUGCUACAACUCCAACAAAUGAAGCUAUUCACAGUGAAAAUGCUACCACCUUAACAAAUGAAGCUAUCCAUAAUGAACAAGUUAACAAUCCAACAAAUGAAGCUAUCCAUAGUGAAAAUGCUACCACCUUAACAAAUGAAGCUACCUAUAAUGAACACGUUACCACCCCAACAUAUGAAGCUACCCAUAAUGAACAUGUCAACAAUCCAACAAAUGAAGCUACCCAUAGUGAAAAUGCUACCAAUCCAACAAAUGAAGCUACCCAUAGUGAAAAUGCUACCACCUCAACAAAUGAACAACAUGCCCAUGAUCAAAAUACUGAAGUUCAUCCAAAUGACAAACUGGCUGUUGUUCCGUUCCAAGGAAUAAGAAAUAACAUUCCCUCAAAUGAAUCACAACCAAUUGUAAGUUUUCCAAACGAGGAUGAUAAUCAUGCGCAUAAUGAAGGUUCUAUAAACACAUCUGUUGAAGGAGAACACAAUAAUACAGAAAAUAAAGAAGGUCCCAUCAUUACACCAUUAGAAGGAGAAAAAGAAGGUACUGCAAACAAAGAAGACGUAACGCCUACACAUAUAGUAGGGGAACAGGUACCACCUCAAACACAUCAGGGAUAUAUCAUUACACCAGUAGGAGGGCAACAUGCACUCACUCAAACACAUCACGAACAUAUGAGUUCACCAGUAGGAGGGCAAUAUACACAUGGACAAGAAAAUAAUGAUGCUAGAUAUAUGACAAUGAACACGGAUGAAAGUAGCAACAGUGAUACAAAAGGAGAACAUUUAAAUUUACGAGCUUAUAAUAAAAAUAUGAAUAAUAACAAAGUGCAUAAUGAUAAAUACGAUAGUGAUACGUUAACUAGCGACGGACUUGAUGAUACAUAUUCAAGUAUGCAACAGAACUUUGAUAAAAACGGAAUCGAUAGUUUUAAAGGGAAAGGGUUGCAUGUAUCUUUAAGAGAAAGAAUAAUAAUGGAAAUAAUGGAAAGUGGAAAGAAUGGAAUAGAUGGUUUAUUAAAAUUAAAAGAUAGUAAAGAUAGUGGUAACUUAUUUAUGGAAGCAUUAGAAAAGUUAAAUAUAAAUAUCAAUGAAUUAAAAAAGAAUAAAAAUUUAAUAUCAUUAGAAGUAUAUGAUAAAAUAUUAUCAACCAUGUUUAAAAUAUUAACCGAGAUGUCUUUUUAUGAGGAUUCUAAAUUUUAUGAAACCUUAGGUAUAAAAAAGGAUAUAUUAAAUCAAUCAUUAAAAGAUAUAAAAAUAAAAAUAUUAAGAAAAAUUGGUGUUUCAUAUAGUAGGUUACCACCUAUAAUAAAACAUACCGAAGGAAAAUGUGCACUCAAAGAUUUAAUUAUAAGUAUAUCAUCAAAAGAAUUAGCACAACGUAUGGCAAUCAUGUUUAUAAAGUGGUUAUCUCCUGAUGAAUAUGGAUCAGUUGUUGAUUAUAAAACUAACGUAGAAUUAAAUGUAUUAUGUUCAGGUGCUCCUAUACUUAUACAACAGUGGAAAUAUUAUCAAAAUAUGUUAGGGUUUGAAGAAGAUAAAGAUCAUGCAUAUUUAGGAUUAAUAGAUGAAUUAUUAGUUAUGAAUAAAAGAUAUAGUGAAAACAAAGACUAUGUUAAAACAUUAGAAAAUAUAAAAAAAUCCAAAGUUUUUAAACAUUGCACAAAAAUUAUGAGAAUUGGUGGUAAGGUAUCAUCUGUACCUUUUAAUUAUGAAAAUGUAAAGAAACCAAGUUCAUCUAUUAUUGGUUCAUUAGGUAAUUUAAUUAAGGCUAAUAUUAGUACAUAUUAUAAGGCAACAGCUCAAAGAAUUAAUUCUUAUUUUCAUUAUACUGAGAAAAAAAGUAAAAAAUCAAGCCCAUUGAAAAUUAUCUCAGUUUGUACUCUUCUACAUAUAACAGAUAUGUUAUAUAAAUGCUCAGAUGAAAAUUCUAAUGGAGUAAUGGAUUUAUAUAACUUACAAUUUAAUACUUUAAAUAUGAAAGGUAAAAUGGUAUUACAAUAUUUAGUGCACUUGAAAUUCUUAACUGAGGAAAAAAAAUCUCAUCUUAAGGAGAUAUGUGAGCCCCAAAACGGAUUAAUAGACGAGACUUUAACCAAGAUGUUAUCUCUACUAUCAACCGACUCUCAUGAAAUAUUAUCACAUGAAUUAGAAAACAAAGGAUUUGACGAAGAUUAUAUUCAAGAUGAAAUAAAGAAUAUAAACGAAAGUGAUAACAAUAUUAGAGAUAAAGAAGAAGACGAUGCUGAAAAUAUGAUUUUUGAUGAUUUAUAA